UCAGUGUUGGUACUACAUACGUAUUACACUACUAUACCACGCGGGUGCAAAACGCAAUCGAAGAUAGAAGAAUUCUGUUACCGGUGGCGUUACGUGUCUAAUAGACAAAUAUCAAGUCCUACGACAAACGCGAAGCUAUUUUUCCAGAAUGUGUGAGAUCUUCGUUCUUUUUGACGGUUAUUCAAGACAGAUCAAUAAUAAAAUAAUGGAGGCAAACUGCACGUGCACUCUGAUAAAGGCUCAGAAAAAUAUCAUCGUGGAUACAAUGACAGCAUGGGAUCGCAGUCGACUAGAAGACGCGCUGCUGCGACAUGGUAUUCUUCCAUCGAACAUUCACUAUGUUGUCUGUACGCACAGUCACGCCGAUCACAUCGGUAACAACAAUUUAUUCACAAAUGCAGAGCACAUUGUUGGCUAUAGUGUUCAACAAAAAACAAGUUUCUAUGACAAACAAAUUGAACAAGAAGAUUAUAUACUCUGCAAAGGCGUUCGGGUGACCGCAACUCCUGGACACACUCACGAAGAUGUCACAGUCCUAGUAGAAAAUGAUUCCGUGAAAUAUGCGUUAACAGGUGAUUUGUUUGAGAAGGAAGAGGAUAUAACAAACCCUGCAUUGUGGCAAAAUUUGGGAACUCUUCAGCUGCGUAAAGUUCAGGCUUUGACACGCCUUAGAAUAUUGAAGUAUGCUGACUGGAUAAUUCCUGGACAUGGAGCCAUGUUCAAGAAAACUAGUGUGCAAGUCGCUUUUUUAGAAAAACAAAUAUUGGAAACAACAUAGAUGAUAAACGGCUUAUUCUCCUAGUGCUCUUACAAAUGAUGAAUGGUAUUUGAUAUAUUGCUGGUAUCGUCAGUCCCACGACGACACGAGUUGCUGCCCACGUCCAGAAUGAACUUGCCAUUGAAGUCAAAAACCCUCCAGUUAUCAAUGUUGCAAGACAGGUGAAAAAAGACAGUCUGCGUCCAAUCCUGCUUCAAAAAUAAUCACUAUGAUAAGGUAGCUAAUUUUGCUCUAACUGAGCAAAAACUAUUGUACACUGAUAGGAAAAAAGCACCCCACCUAUCAUUCAACAUCCCGAAUAAAUAAACUCCGAUCGGCCCUCCAGUGUUAAGUGCAACUAAUCCAAUCGUAGGGUAGAUUGAAUGUUCACAGACUAAAUCGAACUGUAAAGAGUGAAAGGAAGCCCAUUUUACGAUUCUCCAUAUUGUACUUUUUUUUCUUCGGAGAUAAAUUUUCUGGCUGUACUUACAUCUACCACGAUCGAAGAUGUUACGUCUGAUUCAUCGUACUCCCAGCCGUAAUCACAGGGUAUUACGGUCCACGAUAAGUUUGGCAAAAAAUUCUCUGUCAUUAUCAUCUCUGGAGUCUUCCAGUCCACGUUGUAACGCAUGCAGCGGCUAUACGUCUCAUUGUCUUCCUACAGAUUGAUUAUCUUCAGUGAGUCGAGUCCCUCAAGUCCUGGAACCUUACACCAGUGGGGCGGAGUAUCGGCCAUGAAGAGUUGAUUGAAGGCACAAAAUCCACACGGCAGACAAGCCGGAAGACAAACAAACCACAACAGUAGCCUUUGGUACCUUCCAAAUUCCCCGACAAUAGGCAGAAGGUCAUCGAGGUCAAAUGCGUCCUGUCGCAAAGCAGUUUGGUACUUGCCUAUCCUCCGGCAACGAGUUAUCUUGAAUAUUCAUCACGCCCCUGGUGUAGUUCUGAUGCCAGGCUACUGAAACCUCAAGGAAGCCUUAGAAGAGAGUGAGUUAUCUAGAUCUAUGCGUAUAUAAUGGUCUCAAAUAUUUCUGUGUCUUAAAAUCCUUCUUAUGCAAUAAACGUUCGUUGUAAAAUUCUUCACAUAAGCCAA